AUGAAACCUAAAAAAAGAAAAUUCAAAGAAAUAACCAUGGAUAAUGAAAAGUUACCUGAGAUUGAGUCAAAGAAUGUUAGGGAAGUAUAUGAAAUUAUAGCUCAACAUUUUUCACAGACACGGUACAAAGGAUGGCCUAAAGUCGAAGAAUUUCUUAACGGACUAGAAAAUUAUUCUAUAGUGUAUGAUAUUGGAAGUGGAAAUGGGAAGUACCACAAUAUCAAUCAUCACAUUACUGUGAUAGGAUUUGAUCCUUGCCAUAAUUUAUUAAUGGAAGCCCUCCAUAAUCAAAAAAGUCAAAAUAUACAGGCUGAUGGUUUAUAUGUUCCAGUAAAAUCUAACUCUGGAGAUGCAGCAAUUAGUAUUGCUGUUGUUCAUCAUUUCUCUACUUUUGAAAGAAGAGUUGCAGCAAUCCAAGAAAUUAUACGAACGAUUAAAGUUGGUGGAAAAGCUUUAAUUACUGUUUGGGCAAAAGAGCAGAAAAAAUUUGAAAAUGAAGAAGGACAAGACUUAAUGGUUGCUUGGCAUUUAUCAAAGAAAAAAGAUCCAAACAACCCAAAUCAACCAGAAGAAGUAUACCAAAGAUAUUACCAUGUUUUUAUCAAGGGAGAGUUAGAACAAGUAAUUGAAAAAGUAAAAGAUUGCAAAUUAAUAUCAUGUGGGUAUGAACGAGAUAACUGGUACGCCAUUAUCGAAAAGAUAUAA